AUGUCGCACCCACUAUUAUGGAUUCUGCCAUGGCUCCUGUCUGCAUUUAUUGGCGGUGAAUGUGUUCGUUACUCACGAUUUGAUAUUGCCAUAUCGUUUGCUAAUUCUUCGGCAAAGUUUUCGACAUCAGUCUUUAAUCUAAGUGUUGCUAACUAUUGCGUAGGAGGAGUACCCAAUGUUAACGAUGGAGCUUUCGAAUAUCACAAGGUUUACCAAGGUGACCUUGUCCGUCUCAAAUGGCAUUCCACGCAAAGCGAAAACGAAAGUCCCAAUAGUGGCUGUUUCAUUUCUCCUCCCCCUCGUAUGCAACAUUCCUCCUGGAUAGCUGUGAUUAUGGAGGAUAUGCCUCAAACAGGAUGUUCACAGUUUGCUCUCCUGAAUUAUACAUCUUCGCUGGCGGGUGCUGUAGCCAUCCUAUUUCUACAUGAUGCGCAAUCUGCAUUUGAUUUUUCUGCCAUCGAGGCCUCAUUUUCCUCCCCCCCAUCCUCGCCCCUUCGUCGCAAAGCAGCUUGGCGUCAGAGGCGCACCGGUAGAGGAUUGGUUUCCAUGCCUCCUCUCCUCGUCUCUCUCCCUAUGGACAUGUUCCCCGACCUUCCGACCCAGUUGGCGGUCGCCUCCUCCUUUCCUGAGGUGGCAGUGACGGGUGACAUCGAGCUGUUUGCCGAGCUCCCUUCUCUCCCUACUACCGUUCAUACUACUGGCGCCAACACCGCCUCUGAUCUUAGCUCAAGCCUUCUGCUUCUCCUCAUCGUCUGCGUGCUCUUCCUCCUCCUUGGAGUCCUCCUUAUCCCGGCUCGCCUGGGUAUCUGCUUCUGGCAGCGUCUCUGUUUUCUUUCCCUCGUUAACUCUUCUAAGAGCAGGCGCUCGCGCAAGCUAAACGCGGCUACCAAGAAGGUGCUGAAGCAGUUGCCGGUGAAGUGUCUCAAUCAGGUGGAUCCAUUAAUUUCGGAGGGUUUCGACCAAUGUGCCAUCUGUAUCGAAGUCUUCAAGUCACAGGACCUCAUUCGUAGCCUUCCCUGCAGGUAUUCAAAGCACUGA